AUGCAGCAGACGGCGUUCAAACAAUACAGCAGCACAAAUCAUUGGGUGACUACGUUGGUUGGCUAAUGGUGUUGUUUUUUUUUAACUGCUCAUAAACUGUGGAUGGAUUCUAAAAAAAAAAUAUUUUAAUUGUGGUGAAUUUUUACUUGCGAAAUUGUUUUAUUUGUGCAAGGUUAAUCCGAUUUUUUAACUAAACUAAGACUUUCAGCCUCUUGAUAUUACAUGCAAGCAAGCUAAUUUUAAUUUGAAGACAGGUACUGUUUUUAUCUUCAGUACUAGAUUUAGAUCUAGGACAUGCUAAAUAUUCUAAAAGGACCACACUACAUUCUCAAGCAUGAUAUAAUAGGUCCUAAAAGGACAUUGAGUCUAAUUUAAUAGGACCUCUGAUAAAAACCAGGAGCAUUUGCCAACACAGCAACACCAAGUCUCUACACGGACUAAUGGUAGUGGAUUUCAAAAGACAAUUAUUUUCUUAGUUUUUAGAGAAAAACAAUUAUUUUAUAAGACGGCCGGAUCUAAAUGCCGUGAGCCGUGACACAAGGUCAGCACAAUGUCAAGGUCAAAGAACGUGUACCAGGGGGUGCAGCUGAACAGGAUCCACCGGUCGGAGCUAGACGACAAUAAGCUCCGGGAGCUGUCACGUCAUGAGGCUAGGCUGGAGGUGGAUCUUAAGACGGUGGAGCGGGCUAGGAUGGUGAUGAAGAAGUCAAUGGACCAUGACAAACAGCUGUUUAUGAAGGGAGGCACACAGACAAACACAAAGAUAACCACGUCGUCAUAUCUGAGGCCCACCGCCCACCCCCCUACCCACCAUUCUCGCUUCGUGCCCGACACCAAAUCCAAGAGAGUCAGUAUAUCAGAGCAGGGCGGGAUCGAUUCCAACGUAGUCGCGAACUCUUCCAAACCGUCCCCUCAUCCCAGUACAGAGCUUGUCGAGCAGAACCACACGGUAUCGAUAUACGACCGAUUCUUGGAGUCGAGUACCGGUCUGCCCUCCACCAAACGUCAGAGCGACUCGGCCAAGAAAAAGGCUACCCCGAGCCCUAAAGACACGUCUGCAGACACCCCUGAGAAUAAGGAGGGCUCUGCGGCUUCACGGGACAAGGAGGAGGUUCAAAACCAUGUCAAGGAUGCUGAUGUUUUUGUCAACAGACGCUCUUCUAUCUGGGAAACGCUGAGCGUGCCCAAACACGUGUCCAUGACGAAAUUAAAACGAACUCAGGUGGAGCGAGAGUUCUCGCAGCCCGCCUCGACCAAGCUGACCCAGAAGUCUAGCCAGAAAGGGAAGCCCAACCAGCCAACACAGCACGCCAGGGGACGACACUCCAACGGACAGUCGGUUAACUAUAAGGGGAAGGAACUCGAUAAAAAGUUAAAAAAUGACACAUAAAAAUUAUUUUAAAGUGUACUAAGGCUAAAAUUGAAAAUUAAAUAUUUAUAUCGUGGCUGGGUUAUUGAAAAUACCUUAGCGUCAAUAAUUAUCAAAAUUAUUUUAGCGGGGCGAUUAUGAUACUCCGAUUUUUCGUGGCAUUAAAAAAAAAAAUAUUACACUGGCCAUAAUUUAAAACCUUCGCCGCUUUACAACCCCCCCCCCCCUCUAACAUUCUGCAUAAAUAAUAAACGCACAAGAAGUAAUACAGUGUAGUUUCUGUUUUGUUUUACUUUAUAUAAAAUGAGACGAAAUGACCCGCUUAUAAGUAUAAUUAUGUGAUAUAUUGUAAUUUUCUAUUUAUUAAUUUUAUCGAACAUUUAAGGCUUACAUAAAAUCGUGUGCUAAUUAUCUGAUUAAUCAGACUUAUACUUAAGUUAGAGAUUUUGAAAUAUAAUUUGGUGCCUUGUGUAGCCAUCUAAAAAAAAAACCUGACCGUCCAUUGUUCUUUAGUCAAUUUAAGUACAUUUAUAUUUAUAAUGUGUUAUUUGUUUUUAUUUAAAAAUUAUCGUUUAAAUUUUAUUAUCAAACGUGUUGAAAUUUGUGAUGUUU